AAUAAACAAAAACAAAACAAAAAAAGCUGAGAAAGUAAAUGGGAAACGACGACUGAGGACUCUUCCUUGUUCGUCUUCUUCCUCUUUCAUCGUUCGUUUUUCAUGUUUCUGAUUUUAAAAGCCUCUGGAUUCGGUUUUGGAUUCUUGGGUAUAAAUACCUUUGGUGGGUUGUUGUGAUUUUCAUAGUGACUUAGGGUUUUGUAAUUUAAUUCUCUCGAUCGGGAUGUUUCUCACUUUCUUCUCUUCUCUUUGAUUCUUCUUCUUUUUUACUCAUCGGGUGAGAAAAGGAAGUCUCUUUCAUGUGUUCUCGUGUGUAAUCAACUGUUUUAUUUUGGCUUACAAGUUCUAGUUUGGUUAAAGAUUCGUAGCAAGUAAGAAACCAGAGAUUGCGAAGAUGCUGGAGGGAGCAAAGUUCAACGUGCUGGCUGUUGGGAAUCAUCAGAACAACGACAACCAUUACUAUGCUUUUACGCAAGAGUUUUACCAGAAACUUAACGAAGGUUCGAACAUGUCCAUGGAGAGUAUGCAGACGAGUAACGCUGGAGGAUCUGUCUCAAUGUCUGUGGAUAACAGUAGCGUUGGUUCCAGUGAUGCUCUCAUUGGCCACCCUGGCUUGAAGCCCUUGCGCCAUGUCUACUCCCUCUCCGUUGGCCAAAGCGUGUUUCGCCCUGGAAGAGUUACGCAUGCGUUGAAUGAUGACGCCUUGGCUCAAGCACUGAUGGAUAACAGGUAUCCAACUGAAGGGCUGGCUAACUAUGAAGAGUGGACGAUAGAUCUGAGGAGCCUCAACAUGGGUCCUGCCUUUGCUCAAGGUGCUUUUGGUAAAUUAUACAAAGGGACAUACAACGGGGAGGAUGUAGCCAUCAAGAUACUUGAGCGGCCGGAUAACAGUCUAGAGAAGGCACAGUUCAUGGAACAGCAGUUUCAGCAAGAGGUGUCUAUGCUUGCUAAUUUGAAGCACCCAAACAUCGUGAGGUUCAUUGGUGCAUGUCGCAAGCCAAUGGUGUGGUGUAUAGUGACUGAAUACGCCAAAGGAGGCUCUGUGAGGCAGUUUCUGACUAAGAGACAGAACCGAGCCGUCCCUCUUAAGUUAGCUGUUAAGCAGGCCUUGGAUGUUGCUAGGGGUAUGGCUUAUGUUCAUGGACGCAACUUCAUACACAGAGAUCUCAAGUCCGAUAACCUUCUCAUCUCAGCUGAUAAGUCCAUCAAGAUUGCAGAUUUUGGUGUUGCAAGAAUCGAAGUUCAAACUGAAGGAAUGACACCAGAAACCGGAACUUACAGAUGGAUGGCUCCAGAGAUGAUACAGCAUAGAGCCUACAAUCAAAAGGUGGAUGUGUAUAGUUUUGGGAUUGUGCUGUGGGAGUUAAUCACAGGACAGCUACCGUUCCAGAACAUGACAGCUGUACAGGCAGCGUUUGCGGUUGUAAACCGAGGAGUGCGUCCAACAGUUCCAAAUGAUUGUCUCCCGGUGCUGAGUGAUAUCAUGACUCGAUGUUGGGAUGCUAAUCCAGAAGUCCGACCAUGUUUUGUGGAGGUUGUCAAGCUGCUUGAAGCUGCGGAAACUGAGAUAAUGACGACGGCAAGAAAAGCCCGUUUCAGAUGUUGCAUGAGCCAGCCUAUGACAAUCGACUAAAACAAAACCCACCCCAAGAAAAUAACAAAGAGAGAAAGAAGAAGAUAUAAGUAAGAAAAGUGCCUUUAGAUAUAAGGUUGUAAGGUUGUAAGGUUGUGUGUCUGUCCUAUGUCAGUGUCAGUGUGUGCUUGUGUAUCUAUAAAAAUCUGAAUGUAUUUUGUUUUCUCAUCAUAGGAGAAGUAAGUAACCCCCACCACCUCCAUUUUAGACUUUACUGA